GUAGUGCAGCGCGAUCACGCUUCUGAUGAAAUAAUCUUUUGACAGUUGUAAAUGUUUUCAAAGUUUCUCAGAGGUUCAAUAGCUUGCUUACAAUUCUUUUGCAUUGGACAUUUACUUAAGGAAAAUGUAGGAAGUUUCGUUGUUGUAAGUUAUACAUUAUAUUGCGUAAUCUUUGAAAAUUGAAAGAGAUCGACAAAAAUAGUGCUUCGGACCGUCAAUGGAACCAGCUAUUUACGAAAAAGAUGUUCUAUUGAUUGAGAAUAGAAGUGUGAUAAAAGAAAAAUUAAGAAAGGGUGAUGUGGUUAUCGUUAAGUCUCCUAAAAAUCCAAAUGUUCUCUUGUGUAAAAGGAUAACCGCACUAUCUGGUGAUCGUAUCUCAGGACUAUUUUCUAGUAAAACGAUACCAAGAGGUCAUGUUUGGAUAGAGGGCGACAAUUCGAGAAAUUCGUCGGAUUCUAGAAAUUUUGGUCCAAUACCGUACGGUCUAAUACAGAGUCGAGCUUUUUACAAAAUAUGGCCUCUAAACGACAGAGGAUAUAUAGAUUAG